AGCUAUUACUAAAUCUCAACUCCCAAACACACCAAUUUGAAACGUAAAAUUUACUCUUCUCCCCCCCAUAAAACCCAUCUAAACCUUUAACAUUCAAUCUCUGUAAAUUGUAACCAUUUCUUUUUCACCUUUAAAUUUAAAUCCCAAAAAAAAAAUUUUUUUUUUUUUUUUUACAUUUCAAUGCCUUCAUCUCCAAAAUCUUUCAAUGCAUGGCCAUCUUCAACAUCCGUCUACUCCCGUAGAUCAACGGUCCUGAUUCUCUGUUCCUUAAUCGGUUUAGCUGGAUUUGUUUUCGGUUUCAUUGCAAUUUCGAGACAAAGUUUGGGGUCAAAAUGUAAAUAUGCAGAACCUCGAUCUGUUUCAGUUGUAUGGGAUAAAAAUGGAGGAGCAAUUGGGAAAGAUGAUAAUGGGGUUUUAGAUGAAGGGCAAAAAAGGCAUAAAGUUAUGGGCUUUGUUGGUAUUCAAACCGGGUUCGGGUCAACGGGUCGUCGUAGAUCAUUGAGGAAAACUUGGUUUCCAUCUGAUCAUCAAGGCCUUCAAAGGUUAGAAGAAGCCACUGGCUUGGCUUUUAGAUUUGUAAUUGGUAGAACAAGUGAUAAAUCCAAAAUGGCAGAGCUCAAGAAAGAGAUAGCAGAAUAUGAUGAUUUUUUACUAUUAGACAUUGAAGAACAGUACAGUAAGCUCCCAUACAAAACCAUAGCUUUUUUCAAAGCUGCCUAUGCGCUUUAUGAUUCUGAAUUUUAUGUUAAAGCUGAUGACGACAUAUACUUGCGGCCAGAUCGCCUUUCACUGCUCUUGGCCAAAGAGCGUCCUCACUCGCAAACAUACCUUGGCUGCAUGAAAAAGGGUCCAGUUUUUACUGACCCCAAGCUCAAAUGGUAUGAACCACUUGGAUAUAUGCUAGGGAAGGAGUAUUUUCUCCACGCUUAUGGUCCUAUUUAUGCUCUUUCUGCUGAUGUUGUUGUGAGUUUGGUUGCCCUCAGGAACAACAGUUUCCGAAUGUUUAGCAAUGAGGAUGUUACUAUUGGUUCCUGGAUGCUUGCAAUGAAUGUAAAUCAUGAGGAUAACCGACAACUAUGUGAACCAGAGUGUACUCCUUCAUCCAUUGCUGUGUGGGACAUUCCCAAGUGUUCAGGGCUGUGUAAUCCUGAGAAGAAAAUGUUGGAACUUCAGGCAAAAGAUGCCUGCUCCAAGAGUCCUACUCUGCCAUCAGAUGAGGAUGAUUAGAUCUCAUUGCCAUCAAACACAUAGGCUGGCAAAUGUUUACAGAUUGAUUCAUUCCUUUCGGUUAAUGGGCUCAGUCAACGUUGCUGCUGGAAAAUUGCUUCCGCGAAAUGUCAACAUUCAUUUUGUAAGUUACCUGUAUAACAGUAGUUGAGGAAUAUAAUUUAUUCCGGCGGUUGUUGCAUUUAUAGAUCAGAGUUUUGUAGCAAUAGGAGAUUUAUGGGAGACUAUGGGGGUAGGUUGUAGGAGCAAGAGACUUGAUACUGCAAAUAUUCUGUUUGAGUACAUCACACAGUUGUAAUUUUGAGGUCCUAGAACUUGUUUGAUGCACUGUGGAGGAAAAGAUAGUAGUACUAAUAUUUAUCUAUGAACAAUACAAGGUUUUUAGAAGUCAAUUGUAAAUCAUGAUAAUGGUUGGUUUUUUCAGCAAACCAGAAUCAUGAAAAGGUGUAUUUUUUUGCUGUAUAUUUGCAAGGAAUUGGUACAACGCACCU